AUGGAGAUCAUCGCGCCUGAUCAGCAGGCCAAGUGCGUGUCCCCUAUAAAUGUUCCAACACAUGGUGCGACAGGUGUCUUUUCUGUCGCGUGCUCGACCGCCAUAUCCGCAUCACCAAUCGCGUGUCUUGAAAAUGUCCUGAAUCUGGCAGGGUAUCCAUCAUGGAAUACAUUCAUCCCCCAUGCAUCCAUUACCGACGCUCCAUCGACUGUCCAGCUUGACCCAGACCUACAGCGCUUUGCUGAAGCCCCCCAGCAUGCCUAUCCUGGCGUGAAAAUGCGGUUCGAAGCUGUUAUGACCCCCGGGAAAGCGCCUACGUCAACGGACCUAGAGGUCACAGUCCUGGAACCCAUUGUGAAGGAGGGAUGCAAGGGCUAUCGUGUUGCAUGGAAAAUGCUCGGUAUGCCGCAUUUCCUUCUGCACACAGAACGAGUGCAGGAAUUCGUCCAGAAAACAAACUCAGAUGGCUCAGUGGAAACACAAUACUAUUGCUGGGAGACCUUUGGUGGGCUUUUGGCGUACCUCAUGAAGUAUACUUUGGGUGGACAGUUAGAAGAUGGGUUCAACAGAUGGAUGAAUGGGCUUAAGAAGGUUGCGGAGGGAAAGUGA